AUGGCUGGUAGUGGUAAAACAACAACUGUUUGCCAGUCUGUUAGACAAGCUACUAAAAAGGGCUUAUUUAAAUCAAAUGGCUGUUACUGGAUGAAAAUCGGCAAUAUAUCUAAUAUCGAAUUACGCCAGAAACUGAAGACAUUAGGUAUCAGACUUAAUAUGGAAUGGAAAGAGAAUAUUCAAUCUAUGAGCGAGAUUUGUGCUUAUCUCAGUUCUAGUCUAGAAGCAAAUCGCCGACUAUCCGAGACGCUAUUUAUUUUCGACGAUAUCUGGAAAAAGGAUCAUUACGAAUACUUAUCUUUUGCCAAGAAGUCAAUCUCUACUUCACGAUUUAAGUAUCUAGAAAAUGAGCUCGACCAUCACUGCAUCCGUUUAUCGGAAAAUCUAACGUACGAUGAAGCUAUAGAACUGCUUGCGUUACUUGCCGUUAAUGAUAAUGAUCAGACAUUGCGUCAAAAUCCAGUUGUCAAGAAUGUUAUCGACAGUUGUCAAGGUUUACCAUUAGCUAUCACUUUAAUUGGUGGUCUUGACUUAAAAACUGAUGAAGAGUGGAAUCAAGCAAAGGAUAUCAUUGCCAAAAAGUCUGCAGAUAUUGAAUUAGCUCAUUACGGUUUCAAUCUAUACGGGACUUUAGAAUUAAGUGUUAAUUCUUUGGAAAAUGAGAAUAAACAAUUAUUUGAGCAACUAGCUGUAUUUAAGCGAGUCAGUAUUCCUAUUCAAUCUAUUGCAUCGUUAUGGAACUACAAUGUAAUCGAAGCUCGUCCUCUCGUAAAGAGAAUGCAUAACAAAUCAUUACUUACAUAUGAUGAAGAAAAAAUACUGUAUGCCCAAGUUAAGAUGUGGAAUGCACAGCAAUGGACUUGUCGAUCAUUCAAAGUACCUGCUUACAUCCAUGCAAAGGAUGAUGAUCGGUACUUUGCUACCAAUCAUUUUCAACAUGGCUUGCCCUUAAGCAGGUUAGACAGUGGAAGUAGUCUGGUAAUUGGUCUGUUAAAAAUGGAACAAGAUAUCGAAUUUGAAAAUCAGAUUCGGCCAUUACAUGAUAUUGAAGACGUUGAGAAUAUUUUGGUAUCAGGCGAUCAGUCAAUGAUCGCUAUUGACUGUUUUAGGAAGAAACUCAUACUCAAAAUGAGUGGUGAUCAAGUCCAAUCUCGUGUUGAACUUGAUCAAUCUGGUCGAUCAAUGUUUAUUCCUGGUAGUAAUCGAUUGCUUAUUUAUGAUGACCGGGAUGUAUAUGAAUAUAAUUUACAAGGCGAUAAAAUUGCUUGGCAAGAUAUCUCUCAAACAAAAUCAGUUGAUGUUGGUAGACCCCAACGUAACCCCCAAACUACCGUCAACAUAUUCGACAUAUUUUCCUCAGAAGCAAGGUGGAUAAUAACUGUUAACCUUACGACUGGAAAGAAGAGCGUUGAUCGACUGACAUUGAGUGAUGAUGCUGGUGUUGUGUAUGUUGAUGAUGAUUAUCUUUAUGUUUGGAGACGUAGCUUGAAAUGUUACAAGUUUGGGGAUGGUGAAUAUCAAUUACUGCAAAAUAUACCAUACCAAUGGGAGGAAGGAUUAAUGUGUAAAAUAAUGAUGAAUUAUAACCCUCAUAAGAUUGAACAUUCGUUUCUUCCUCUUCGGAUGAAGAAAGAAAAAUUAGUUGAUGUAUGGGGAGAGAAAGAUGCCGAAAUGAUUGCUAAUGCAAUGGACGAUGUUGACGAUCUUUUGCUACUACUGGAAAAUGGAGACCAUAUAGCAAUACUCGACCAAGAUGGAGAAUUACGCGUGAAAAGAUACAAAGACAAUAUCAAAUACUUCCGUCAUAUCACACAAUUCUUCAACCAUGAAAAUCUAUGGUCGGACAAGCAGUUAAUCCUAUAUGAAAAUAUAUCUAGUUUGAAUAUUUAUAACCCCCAAACACUACAGCUACAAAUUACUCUACCAUUCCCUCACUUCCGGAUAAGGGACAUGCAAUGGAAUCUUCAACACUCUCAACUCAUCAUCAGGAGUGAUCAGGAUUACUGCUUAGCAAAUCCAAUGAAAAAGGAAUAA